GCCGAGGCGGGGAGCUGCGCGGACCGAAGGGGAGGCGGCGGGGACGCCGGGCGGCUGCGGGUCCGGCUGAGUCGGGAAGCGGCGGCCGGACCAGCCCGGGCCGGGGAGAGCGGGAGCCCGCGGGGCCGGGCUGGGCUGCGGGGCCGGGGAGCGCGGAGCCGGGCACCUCGGCGCCGGGCAGCGACACGGGAACCCGGCCGCCCAGCCCGCGCCGCCCCAGCCCUCAACCGCCGGCCGGCCCCUCUGGGAUGUCCCAGGGACCCAGGCGUCCGGGACGGUGACCGAGCGAGCCCGAGGAUGGGACGGCGCCCGCAGCUCCGGCUCGUCAAGGCCCUUCUCCUCCUGGGGCUGAACGCCAUCUCCGCCUCCUUCCAGGACCAGCCCUGCGAGAGCCUGUCCCUGGCCAGCAAUAUCUCCGGACUGCAAUGCAAUGCAUCCGUGGACCUCAUUGGCACCUGCUGGCCCCGGAGCCCUGCGGGGCAGCUGGUGGUUCGACCCUGCCCUGCCUACUUCUACGGUGUCCGCUACAACACCACAAGUAAGGAAGCCUCUGGAGGGCGGACCAUCUGCCGAGACAACGGCUACCGGGAGUGCCUGGCCAAUGGCAGCUGGGCCGCCCGUGUGAACUACUCGGAAUGCCAGGAGAUCCUCAGUGGGGAGAAGAAAAGCAAGGUACACUACCAUGUCGCUGUCAUCAUCAACUACCUGGGCCACUGCGUCUCUCUGGUGGCCCUCCUGGUGGCCUUUGUCCUCUUUCUGCGGCUCAGGAGCAUCCGGUGCCUGCGAAACAUCAUCCAUUGGAACCUCGUCUCGGCCUUCAUCCUGCGCAAUGCCACGUGGUUUGUGGUCCAGCUCACCAUGAGCCCCGAAGUCCACCAGAGCAAUGUGGGCUGGUGCAGGUUGGUGACAGCCGCCUACAACUACUUCCACGUGACCAACUUCUUCUGGAUGUUCGGGGAGGGCUGCUACCUGCACACGGCCAUCGUGCUCACCUACUCCACCGACCGGCUGCGCAAGUGGAUGUUCAUCUGCAUCGGCUGGGGUGUGCCUUUCCCCAUCAUCGUGGCCUGGGCCAUUGGGAAGCUGUACUACGACAAUGAGAAGUGCUGGUUUGGCAAAAGGCCUGGGGUAUACACUGACUACAUCUACCAGGGCCCCAUGAUCUUGGUCCUGCUGAUCAAUUUUAUCUUCCUUUUCAACAUCGUCCGCAUUCUCAUGACCAAACUCCGGGCGUCCACCACAUCUGAGACCAUUCAGUACAGGAAGGCUGUGAAGGCCACUCUGGUGCUGCUUCCCCUCCUGGGCAUCACGUACAUGCUGUUCUUUGUGAACCCCGGGGAGGACGAGGUCUCCCGGGUCGUCUUCAUCUACUUCAACUCCUUCCUGGAAUCCUUCCAGGGGUUCUUCGUGUCUGUAUUCUACUGUUUCCUCAACAGUGAGGUCCGCUCUGCCGUCCGGAAGAGGUGGCACCGAUGGCAGGACAAGCACUCGAUCCGCGCCCGCGUGGCCCGCGCCAUGUCCAUCCCCACCUCCCCGACCCGUGUCAGCUUCCACAGUAUCAAGCCGUCCACGGCCGUCUGAGCUCGAGGGCCGGGGAGGGGAAGACGGUCUCCAGGCUCAGCCAGCUGCCCUGUCUGUGGAGGGGAUCAGCGCCUCCCCACACCCUGCGCCCCCAGAAGCAUCUGGCACGGACAUCCUCGCGGGGGGGGUCCCCCCUGGCUGAACCCCCAGCUGAGCGGGAGUUCAGCCUAUGAGAGCAGACCCAGUCUGGGCCAGGGGAUGACGGGAAAUAGCCUAUAAAGACUGGGCCGGGCCCACGGCCUCUGGCUCCCCCUUGCCCCAGGCCCCCCUGGAGGCGACAUCAGAAUGGAGUAGAAAUGGCCAGGUGGAAAUCCAAAGCAGCACACGGGUCUCUCCAAAAGGUGUCUUCUCCCACGACACAAGA